UGUUCUUCUCCGUGUCCCAGAUUUUAUAUAACAACUCUUGGUACGACUCCAAGAGCCUCAUUCCAUCAUCCAAAGAGGUGAAGAGAAGAGGAAAGGAGAAGGCUAGUAAUCCACUAUUGAUUUCUUGAAGAAUGAGGAAUUCAGCCGACUGCAAUAGCUUCCGGCGAUGGCACGAGGCCGGCAACGAGUUCGUCCCGCCGGCCGACGUCCAAAUCGUAACCUCCGGCGGCCGGAGCAUCCCGGCCCAUUCCGCCGUUCUGGCCUCGGCUUCGCCGGUGUUGGAAAAGAUGCUGUACCGCUGCCGGAUUGGUUUGAAUUCACAGAGAAUAAUUCAGAUUUUGGGCGUCCCCUGCGACGCAGUCGUCGCCUUCAUUCAGUUCUUCUACUCCUCGAGGAGCGUUCUGUCGUCGAGGGAGGGGGAGGAGGCGAUGGAGAGAUAUGGAAUUCAUCUCUUGGUGCUGUCUCAUGCCUACCAGGUGAAGUGGCUGAAGAGAGGGUGCGAGGAGGGGGUGGCGGCGAGGUUGCGAGCGGAGGAGGUGGUGGACGUGCUGAAAUUGGCCAAGCUUUGCGAUGCGCCGAGGCUGUACCAGCGUUGCAUGAGGCUGGUGGCCGAGGAUCUCGCGUCGGCGGUUCGGUCGGAGGGGUGGCGCUUCAUCCAGAGGCACGAUCCCUUGCUCGAGCAGGAGAUCCUGCAGCUCGUCGAAGAUGCUGACCAGAGGAAGAAGAGAUGGAUGAGAGAGAUGGCAGAUCAAGAGAUGUACCAACAACUGAGUGAGGCAAUGGAGUCCCUCCAACACAUUUGCACGGUGGGUUGCACGGUCGUCGGGCCUCACAACGGCGAGCCCCCGAGUAGGAGCAAGGGCCCCUGCAGCUUUCGCACGUGCGAAGGGCUGCAGCUCCUCAUCCGCCACUUCGCCACGUGCGGCAAGAAAUUGUCCCCUGGUGGUUGCAUCCAUUGCAGGCGCAUGUCGCAGCUCUUCCAGCUCCACUCCUCCAUCUGCGACCAAUCCGACUCUUGCAAGGUUCCUCUCUGCAAGCAAUUCAAAUCAAAGAUGCAAAUGGAUGGCAAAGUAGAUAAGACAUGGAGGCUUCUGGUGAAGAAGGUUGUUACUGCUAGAGUAAUGUCUUCUUUGGCCAAGAGAAAGGGACCAGAAGAAAUCCAGAAGACAUGGUUAAGAUACACAGGCACAAAGUGACUUCUCCUCAUUUAGAUUUUUUUUUCCCUUGUUUUUUCAUUCUUUAAAACAAAACAAAGUUUGUAAAUCCUGAUUCUUUUGUACUCUCAUUGUAUUUAUUCUUUCUAUAUUCUUGUGAGAUCUGGAACUCAUACUCCAUGCAACUUAUCAAAGCUUGAUGUAGGUGAUUACAUGAUGAAUUAUGCUCAA